AUCGCGGACUCAGCGCGUGUCUGGUGACGCCGCGAAUCGGCAACCCGACGGCCAAUUCCGGACUGGAUAUUUUGCACUAUGACAAUAUCAAGUGGCGUAUGUGAUUGGACAAUGUGCUAAGUCAAACAAAAUGUGCAAUUCAAAUGCAUCGAUCUAAAUUACUGGCAGUAAAAAUAAAAUAAAAAUGAAUUCUAAUUUCGGUUCAAAACUGUCCACGCGGGAAUAAUGUCAGUGAAAAGGAUUCUAUUUUCAAAAUUUAUUGCUGGCAACAUUUGUGAAAAUGGACUUGACUACUCGGCGGGGAGAUGGAGUGGGUCCGGAUUCGGUACAUUUGAACGGGAAGGAGCAGAUGUGCCGUGAACUAGUGAACGGAGCGGAAAGCGGUGGUGAAUUCACGAAUGUCACCGCGGAAGUGCCCACGCCGAGGAAAGCCAACUCGUUCAGCAUUCGGAAUUUGGUCGGCGCCGAAGAUUCGGAUCGGCCGACUUCCGACGGGAACGUGAAUGUGAGCGAUGAUUACUACACCCACGACCAAACUUACAAAUACACCAACAUGGGCGUCUCUGAGCCCCACAAGGACGACUCCCCUCGCACCACGCCCGAGUUGUCCAGAUCCGACCAGUCCCCGGCAGAACGCCCCCCUCCAGGGUCCGCAGACAGCGAUGAUGCAGACGACUUCGCCCCCAAGAGAAAGCAGAGAAGAUACAGAACUACUUUUACGAGUUUUCAAUUAGAAGAGUUGGAGAAAGCGUUCUCGAGAACUCAUUAUCCUGAUGUCUUUACAAGAGAAGAACUCGCAAUGAAAAUUGGAUUGACUGAAGCAAGAAUACAGGUGUGGUUCCAAAACCGUAGAGCGAAAUGGAGAAAGCAGGAGAAGGUGGGCCCCCAAGCUCACCCCUACAACCCGUACCUGGGGGCCGGGGGAGGGGCUCCCCCUCCGUCAGUGGUGGCUUCAAUGCCGAACCCUUUCACGCAGCUGGGGUUCGGUUUCAGAAAACCUUUUGACACCAACGCUUUAGCAUCAUUCAGAUACACUGGAGCCCCGGUCCUCGGCGCGCAAUACCUCGGUGCUCCGCUGAGCAGACCACCUCUAUUCAGUACACCGCUCUACACCACAUCUCCGCCCUUCCACUCCCUCCUUGCAGGCCUCGCGGCACCCCCUCGGCAAUCUCCAGAUCCUCCUCCUGUCUCACCUCCUAUAUCCCCCGGCAGUGAGUCCCCACCAGCCCAAAACUCAGCGCCAGAAGUAGAACGACGUAGUUCAAGUAUAGCCGCUUUGAGGUUGGCUGCGAGGGAACACGAGUUGAGGCUGGAGAUUCUUCGGCAGCGGCACCAAACGGACCUGAUUAGUUGAGCUUUGUCUACACCUGUAUUUGGACAUAGAAGAAUUUAUCGUAACCGCUCAGAUAAGACCUCAAGCGCUGGUGUGAUCUGCGUCUUACAUUAUGCUUGCCACUAUAAAUUCGAGUAAAUGGAAAGGAGCCUGUAUCUUGAUUAAGUCUAUGUUGUUCAGGUAAAAUUUCAGGGCAAAAGUACCCUAAACUGAAGAGCUUGUUCGAAUAUAACAAGAAUCAGGAAGAAGCAAAAGAUUAAGUAUGCAGUGCAGUAACCGUGACAAGCGGCAAGAUAUAGUCUCCUUUUAAAUGGAGUGAUCAUAAUGAAUAUAUUUUUGAAGCAGAACAAGCAAUGUACAGAUAUGAUGGGUCCAUCGCCGCUCAGGGUCGUAACUGGAGCCGUAUUAGCCGUAUACGAUUUGUAAGAUAGUUAGAGUGUAUGAGAUUUUAUAUAAAACUGCUAAUAGAUUGAGCAGAGUCUGAUGGAAUGGUAUCAUAAAUUAUAUUCUUAUACUGGUACCAAAAUAUAUAUUUGAAGAUAACAUUUGUGAAACAUCUUUGCGAAGUAUCCUUCGCAAGCCACACAAAAUAAACAGUGUAUAAUAUAAUGCAUAGUUAUAUUCUAGAAAUUUUAUACUAUUAACUAUAAUGCUACUAUAAAUCAAUACAUUUAUAAUGAAAAUAUGUUGAUUAAAAUAACUAACAUCCAUUUUCCUGGAAAUUCAAUUAUCUUCCUAAUUAACAAUAAAAUGCCCAGUACUUACAUCUUGCGGCAGACGGAUAGUAAAUAUUGAUGGAUCAUUACUUGACAUUAACGUAUCUAAUUAAAUUUUGUUUUCUCCAUUUUCAAAGGUCAUUCAACAAAAUUUAAUUUGUUUUAAUAAUUACUUAUUAUAUCGUUAAUUUAUUUCAAUAAAAUACUUUGGAUUAUUACCGGUUGUUUCUAUACAAAGAAAUGAUUAAAAAAAUAUACGAUAGGUCUAACAAUAAAACUUUUUAUACGAAAAUAUACGUAGUCCUUUGGACACCAAAUCCGCAUAAUAAUAAAUAGACGUACAGACAUCUCAAUUAAAUCAAAACUGUUAUUAUAUAUAUAUAUAUACUAUUUGUUUUUAAAUACUGUUUUUGGUAAAUUCUUAAUGCGUCAUCAAACUUGGUACAAAAUUUAAAAAAAAAGUAUUUGAAUAUUCUUGACAUUUAUCUUAACAAAUUCUUAAGAAAUGUAUUAGACUUCCAUAAGUCUCUGUUCAAGUCUUAUUAUGGCAUAGUUUAGUUACUUAAAUCCGUCCAAUAUAGGCCUUAUUGUUAUUUAUUGUAGUGUUAAUUACGUACUUAAUUUAGUAUGAUAAGAUAUUAAUAUCAAUAGAUCAUAGUAAAGUGAUAAUUCUAUUAAAUAUCAUAAAAGUAUGCGGUGCCUCUGGAGUGCCUUUCCUAUUUGAAAUAAUACGUAUGUAGUUUGAAAAUAAGGGAGUGACAAAAAAUUACGACUUUGAACGAAAAAUCAAUAAUUUAUCCAAAUUAUUUUUGGCAAUGAAGGCAGCUCUUAAAACAAUGCAUUAAACAUAUUCUCAUUUAGUUAAACUAGUAUUUUCAUUUGCCUGGUUAAAGAAAAAGUAAUGGUGAUAUACAUGCAUUUUCACUUCAUGUAUGUUUAUAUAUGUUCAACUUAAACAUCAAAAACUGUUUUUGUACUUUCCUAUAUAAGGGAUCAUUAAAUUUUGGUUAAUUGUUUUAUUAUUAAAUUUCUUUCUACGUAGACGUAUUAAGAUUAUACAAGCUAUUCUUUAUUCUAAGUUGCACCAAAGAAAGUUAUUGAUAUAUAUUUGCAUAAUAUUUUUUUCUAUGUCACUAAAUAUCAAUUACAAACAUCCUUUUUGCACAUUCGUUUUGAUGAAUGAGUAUUUAAACCGAUUUCAAUUAGAAGUUUUUAGUUAAGGUUAAUCUAUUUAAAGUUUUCUGGAAUGUAUUCUAAGAGGAUUUGACAGUUUACAAAUGAUUUUUUGUUGACAGAAUCCUAAAACAGUGAGAUAAAAUCACUAUACAGAACAUUCGUAUGAAAAUAAUGAGAGCUGCACUGAAAUCUUAGCUUAUUCGAAACUGUUACUUGAAACUUUUACUUUCAUGGUGUAAAAUAAAUGAAGUAUGGAAUUUA